AUGGACUCGAAACCACUGUUCUUCCGCGAGCUCACGCGGCGCUUGCUGCGCAUCUUCCUAUUUCGGCGAGGGCAUCAUUUGCUAACACCUGCAUUACAGAUAGGAGCAAUGAAUUUUGGCUACGACAACAAUUGGUGGGCUGGUGUUAUCGGACAGCAGAGUUUCAUCAACGAUUACGGUCGUUACAACGGUCCUGGCCAGGACCGCUCCCUUCCAUCCACCUGGCUCUCGGCAGCCAGUGGCACGCCCAUCGCGAGAUGGAUCAUCGGCUGCCUCCUGGCUGGCUACCUGACUAGCACGUUCGGACGAAAGAUGACGAUCAUAACCAUUUGUGUGGUGGCGCUUAUUGGAAUGGUGAUCCAGGCUGCUGUUCUGAAUUACUGGGUGUUGAUGGUUGGAAGACUCAUCAAUGCGUUCUCGAUGGGUAUGCCGACCGAGCUCGAAGAUGGCGAACUUGCAUAUGCUAAUAUACGGCUAAUAGGUAUUGAAGCGAAUUAUGUGCCUAUGUACAUGGCCGAACUUGCUCCUGCAUCAAUUCGCGGCGGUCUGGUCAAUUUUUACCAGUCGUGGUUGUACAUUGGUGCCGCUCUCGCAGCUAUCACUGUUUAUGCUUCCUCCAUUACUUUGACUGGAACAUGGUCAUAUAGGACUGCUAUCGUGGCUCAGACCGGUCCUCCCUGUAUGUUCCUGGCUGCUAUCUGGUUCAUUCCCGAAUCACCUCGCUGGCUUCUAGGUAAAGGCAGAAAAGAAGAGGCCGUGAAAGCAUUGGCCUACAUGAGAGCAGGCGCUGAAGAAGAGGUCGUCACUGAGCUGAAUCUGAUUGACUUGGCGAUGCAGGAGGAACGGGAGAACAACCUCGCUACGAGCUAUGCGGACUGCUUUAGAGGCACCAACUUACGCCGCACCAUCAUCGCCGUUGGCGUCCAAGUUUUGCAACAAGCACAGGGAAACUCCUUCGCGACCACGUAUCUCGUCAUCUUCCUUAAACAAGUCGGUGUCAAGGAACCGCUGCUGAUAAAUGUUGCCAAAAUGUGCUGCAACUUUGGAGCAACUCUCCUCACCUUCUUCCUCACCGACAUGCUUGGUCGUCGGCCGAUGCUCAUGGGUGGUUCUUUCUUCAUGGCAGGCCUCAUGUGGACAGCGAGUGGUGUGUCAGCAUGGAGCCCAGGUGGCCCCUCUAAUACUGCUGUGCAGGGAGUUGUGGCUGCAAUUCUCCUUUAUGAUGAUGUUAACAACGUAUUAGCCGAAGUCGCGACUACGCAGCUGAGAGAACGAACGAUUUCUAUAGCUACCAUGUUGGGCUUUGUGACCAGCCUUCUGAUCACCUACAUCAACCCAUUCGUCCAGAAUUAG